AUAUAACCAACCAUAUCCCAAACACAAGAAAAAACAACAUAGCCCAUUUAGAGCCAUGGUUCCCUUUCAAUCCCCCCCUUCUUCUCUAAAUGACAAGAGAUUAGAAGUUCGAGGGUCUUCCGAGAAUUUAGCAAAGAAGAGGAAGUGGGAACAACCGUUGCAACCACCGCAGAUCAAUUCCAUAUUCGAUGUCGAGCUUCACCUCGAAACUCCGUUACCGUUCGAUUGGCAACGAUGUCUUGACAUUCAGUCGGGGAAGAUACAUUUCUAUAACACGACGACUCAGAAGAGAACGUCGAAGGAUCCAAGGGACAAGCUUGAUAUAGACGAUGACGUCGAGGGAGACGAAAGCGACGAGGACAUGAGUUUGGACCUCGAGCUCAACUUGACAUGCGAAUCGUUCGACAAGAACAACAAUCAAACAACACAAGGAGGGCGGCGAGCCAUAGGUGGAAUGUUCGGCUCGUCGGAAAAUUACAAGCAGCAAACGGAGAUGGUGGCCGCCGUUUGCAUGAGGUGUCACUUGUUAGUGAUGAUGUGUAAAUCUUCGCCGGAGUGUCCUAACUGCAAAUUCAUAAACUCGCCGGAGCAGACCUCGCCGGCGAUGCUAAAACGCCGGUGUUACCUUUCUUGGUAAAGUGAUAAUUAUAAUUAAAACUUUCCUUCUUUAAUUUGUGUUAUUGUCAUCAACUUUUUAAAAAAGAUUAUAUGGGGAGGUUUGUAAUGUGUAAAUAUACAAAUUUGUGUUUUUAUUUGUUAUAAACGUCGAAAACGUUCCUUCAAA